ACGACACGAGGCGGAACUUCCUAGUUCCUGUCGCCAUUCGUAUAGCUACAACCCAAAAGAUGUCACAGAGAGCGCCUUCUGUGCCGAACCAAGCGUUCGUCACGCUGGCAACGAACGACGACUACGUGCGCGGCGCUCUGGUGUUGGGAUAUUCACUGCAGACUGUACAGACAAGCCGCAGCCUUGUUGUUAUGGUCACAUCGACCGUGAGUCUGGAGCAACGGAGUCGUUUAUCUCAAGUAUAUCAUUUGGUACACGAAGUCCCUCAACUUGACAGUCAAGAUGCCCACAGUCUUGCUCUCUUAUCUCGGCCGGAACUCGGCGUGACGUACACAAAAUUAAACGCAUGGCAGUUGACACAGUUUGACAAGUGUGUUUUUCUGGAUGCCGACACGCUUGUGUUGAAGAACGUUGAUGAGUUAUUUGAUCGACCCGAACUGUCGGCUGCACCGGAUGUCGGAUGGCCUGAUUGUUUUAAUUCGGGUGUCUUUGUGUUUGUUCCUUCGGAAGCAACGUAUCAAUCUCUUAUUCAACAUGCAGCUUCGUUUGGAAGUUUUGAUGGUGGUGAUCAAGGCCUCUUGAAUUCAUACUGGAGUGACUGGUCGACUAGUUCUACAGAAAGGAGACUACCGUUUGUGUAUAAUCUGACUGUCAGCACGUGCUACAGCUACCAACCAGCGCUCAGAAGAUUUGGCAGAGAUGCUCGUAUCGUUCAUUUUCUUGGUGGCGUGAAACCGUGGCAUCACACAUAUCAUCCGUCUACAGGCCAACUUAUUCUCUAUCCAGGAUCAGCACUUACACAGGAAGGUAUACGGCAGUUCUUGAACUACUGGUGGACACUCUACAUUACAUUUGUUGAUCAACCACCAACGGUGAUUGGGAAUCAGACUGUUGGAUAUCCGACGUUCGACUUCAAUAAUGUCACCCAUUUUGUACCUUCAAACGUUGCACUUUAUUCACACACGCACCAAGACUUUCCUUCUGUAACAGUAACCGAGGACUACUCGAACGUAUGGCGACAGCGAUGGGAAGAGGGUCAGAUUGACUAUCAAGGACAAGACAGCUACGAUCGUAUUCACGAACAUUUAGAACACGUUCUUGCCGGAGCACCGACUCAACCCUGGAGUAUUAAAGAUGAUCAACUGGAAGACAUUGAUGAAGAAGAAGAAGAGAGUGAAGAUGACGAGCUUUUUGAAGAGGCAGAUGAAGACGAAGAGGAGGACGAAGACGAGACUAUCAGAGUGACAGAGACAAAAUCAGCAGUUGAUGUUGUGGUUGACGAUGAGGACAUUGAGUUGGUUGAGACGGUUGAGUCUAUGAAGGUUGUUGGGGAGGUGGAGGUUGAGCACCAUCAUAAAUUGAUUGAUAAUUCUGAUCCAGUCGUUGUGAUGGAAUCGACAGUAAAGCGACUGAUAGACGAACAUGCCAAUGAUGAUCUGAGCAGUGCACCCGACGAGAGUGACAUUCUCGAGGCCGCUCUAGACUUUAUCAGUGAACGAGGUCUCGUUCAGGGUCAGUCAAACGUUUCUCUCUUUCCCUCUCAACUUCCGAUGUUCGACGGACAGCAGAAAGACGUCAACAGCCGAGAUACAUCCGAAAACAGAGUGACUAAAGAAACAAGCGAGGAGAACGUGGAGAAUUUGAAGUCUGAGGGAACUGAAACCCCGGAUGAUGGCGCUCAUGACGCUUCAGACUCUGAAGUUCCUCCUUCUCCUGAAAUUUCUAGAAAGUCUAGAGCGUUGCUGGACGAUGACAACGACGAGGAUAGCGACGCUAAUUCGCUUAAGGAGUCUCCCACUAAAGGCAGAGUGAAGAGUCGUGUGCUGGAACUUUCAGAUGAGGAAGGGGAGAAGGAAGAGGUGGCACGUGAUCAUGAGAGGAAAGAAGUUGAUGAAGAGCAGGAUGGAGAUGGAGGUGGAGAGGAGGAGAGCAAGCAAGGUGCUGAUCAUCUAAUAUCAGAUAUCUUUGGCGAGUCAGGAGAAGAAUCUCACGACGAUAAUGACAUUGAUGUGGAAGAGUCUCAGCAGUCGAGAAAACCGAGAAAGCGGAGCGGGAAACAACACACGGAAAGCGACAAACCGCGGAAACGGCGGAAGCAACGUGAAGCAUCAGUCGGCGAAGAGAUCGACGUCGAAGAGUCAAAACCAGAAAUAAAGUCGGACUUUGAUCUGAUGUUGGAAAAGCGUCGUGAAAUGAGGAAGAGUUCUAGGAGAAGGAAGCGGAAAGACGAAGAUCUUAUUACAGAAAAUGAUGAUCUUGCACAUCAACUGAUUGAGGACAUGAAACAAGCUGCAGAGGAGGACAGGCAGCUAAAUGUUCAAGGUGUAGCUGCAACCAGGAAGCUGAGGUUGUUGCCCAAAGUGUUGAGAGAUCUUCAGAGAGCCGACUAUCACUUGACAUUGCUUGAGAGUGGCGUUUUACCAGUUUUUACAGAAUGGCUUGCACCACUGCCUGACAAGUCUCUUCCUCACUUACAGAUUCGCGAAGGGAUUCUCAAAGCUCUCCAAGAGUUUCCUCCUAUCAACAGUGACGUGUUGAAGUCGAGUUGUAUCGGUAAGGCAGUCAUGUUGCUGUUUCGGCAUCCGAAAGAAACGCGGCAGAACAAAGACAGAGCCGGCAAACUCAUUAACGAUUGGGCGAGACCAAUAUUUGGGCUUGUUGCUAAUGUUAAGAAAGUUAGUCGCGAGGACAGGGAGAAACAGGAUUAUUCUAAUAUGUCAAAGUUUCGUCGAAGAGUCAGCUCUAGCGAUAGUGUACAGAAUCGGAAGAGUAUUGAACGUUCAUUGCGAAAUGACCAACCCAGCGCCUCAAAACCUGGUGAUCCCGGUUGGUGUCCUCGUGCUCGCGUUCCUCAGCCAUCCAAUCGAGACUACGUCGUUCGACCCAAGUGGAACAUCGAGCAAGAAAUAGUGGGGACGAAGCGGUCUGGUCCAGAUCGAUACGAGAAACACGCUCGACGUUUUGCAGACAAACGGUCUCGGAAUAGCGUUCAGCGUAUGAGAGCAUCGAAUCUGAGCAUCACUGGCAGCAAGAUGGACUUUAUGUAAAGUAGGAUUCUAGAUCAUGUACUUACAUAUGGUUACUUCAGUCACGUGUGCCCUAUGCCACUUGUAUGCAUAAAUAGUCGAUUUAAUUAAUUAAUUAUAAAUGAAUAUUUUUCACGUGUAUUGGUAGUCUGGGGUAAGUUAAUUUUUUCUGAGUAACAUUCUCG